AGACAGAAGUGAUGGAUUCAGCCCACAGGAAAGUGACAGUCCUCUCCUAACGGGCCGCGGGCAGCACACAACCUGCCUCAGACUCUCACUGUUGAUCAGGAAACUACCUCUGCCACCUGGCUGACGUUACCAGCUGUCCCUUUUUUCUCUUCACAACUUUUUUUUUUUUGUUAAAGUGGAUCUGGGAGCAAUCUCCUUAAUGUUUGAAGAUUAGUUUCAACUUGACGUUCUGUUUGGCUACUGACAGUUUCUUUUUUUAACAAUUACAACAAUAGGCUUUGAAACGCCACCUUUUCACCGGUGGAGUGGACUAAGGUGAGAAAAGGCUGAGUAACUAUAGACAGCCAGAGCGCAGAGAGGACUACGCGGGGGUGCAGGUUUCACCCUUGGGAUGACGUUCAACCAUAAGAAACUUCAGACAAGUCUGGCAGGAGGGCAAAGGAACUGAAGGAGCCUCACCAGUAUAGUGCAAUUAUCUCAGUUGGACACUAACUCAUGGAGCCCCCUUCAGUGGUCCUGCUAGGGCUCCUUCUAGUUUAUGGACUAGCCUGUGGAGUCCAGCAGACGUUGGGGAGUCGCUCAGACGGCAGCCGUGGCAGGGGCAGUACCCAAGAAUUUGAGAGCAGCGAGGAGGGUCUGGAAAGAGAUUUUAUCUAUGCAGGAAGGAGCAAACGUGCUCCAGCUGACCAGCAGCAGGACAAAUGUUCCUACACUUUCAUUGUACCUCAACAAAAAGUGACUGGAGCCAUCUGUGUCAACUCCAAGGAGCCAGAGGCCAUGCUGGAGAACCGGGUCAACAAACAAGAGUUAGAGCUGCUUAAUGUGGAACUACAGAAGCAGAAGAGGCAGAUCGAGACCCUGCAGCAGUUGGUCGAGGUGGAUGGGGGCAUCGUCAACGAGGUCAAGCUUCUGAGGAAAGAGAGUCGAAACAUGAACUCCAGGGUCACUCAGCUGUACAUGCAGCUGCUCCAUGAGAUCAUCAGGAAGAGAGACAAUGCGCUAGAACUGGCACAGAUGGAGAACAAGAUCCUCAACCAAACCUCUGAGAUGCAACAGCUCACCAGUCGGUACAAAGAUCUCGAGCACAAAUACCAGCACUUGGCUUCUUUAGCCACCAACCAGUCGGCUCUCAUUGCCGUGUUGGAGGAGCAGUGCCGGAGUCGACCUCCUCCUCGCCAUGUUCCCGUGCCCCAGCCCCAGCCGCGGCCUCAGCCUCCACCACAACCCUCACCCCCUAUUAACAAGCCCUACCAGCCGCCUGUAAUCCCACGCAUCAACAACCCAAUCAGCAAUGAAAUCCAGAGUGACCAAAAGUCUCUUCCACCAGUUCUUCCAACAAUGCCCACUGGUACGCACAGUCCAUCUACCACUGACAAGCCCUCUGGCCCGUUUAGAGACUGUCUGCAGGCUCUAGAAGACGGACACGCAACCAGUGGCAUGUACCUGGUGAAGCCAGAGAAUGCCAACCGACUUAUGCAAGUGUGGUGUGACCAGAGGCACGACCCAGGCGGCUGGACUGUGAUUCAGAGGAGGGUGGACGGCUCUGUCAACUUUUUCAGGAACUGGGAGACGUACAAGCAAGGUUUUGGCAAUAUUGACGGCGAGUACUGGCUGGGUCUAGAGAACAUCUACUGGCUGACUAACCAGGGAAACUACAAACUGCUGGUCACACUGGAGGACUGGUCUGGCAGAAAGGUGUUUGCGGAGUAUGCCAGCUUCAGGGUGGAGUCUGAAGCUGAUUUCUACAAGCUGAGGGUAGGCCGCUACCAUGGAAAUGCUGGAGACUCGCUGACCUGGCACAACGGCAAACAGUUCACAACACUGGACAGAGACCACGAUGUGUAUACAGGAAAUUGUGCCCAUUACCAGAAGGGAGGCUGGUGGUACAACUCUUGUGCCCAUUCUAAUCUGAAUGGAGUUUGGUACAGAGGAGGACACUACCGCAGCCGCUACCAAGAUGGAGUCUACUGGGCAGAGUUCAGAGGAGGAGCUUACUCAUUAAAGAAAGUAGUCAUGAUGAUCCGUCCAAACCCCAACACCUUCCACUGAGCAUCCGAGGAACAUAUACUAUACUGUAUGCCUCCCUAAACAAACUAUUUACAGGCCAUUAUUAUUCUUUUUUUUUUCUUUUUUUUUGGGGGGGGACCUAGAACCAGGUCAAGGUAAAUUGAGAUAAAAGUGCAAUAUCAAACAUUAGGGCAAUACUCAUCUCCAUGACAACUUUACACAUUUGCUCCCUGCUUUUUCUGAGGUGUGUACAUUCUCAGUGUAAAAUAUGAGACAAAUGAAGGCGUGCUCAUUGCUCAGAAGUUAUUAUAGAGACAGGAACCUUAGGUGACCCUUUAGGAUGUGAGGGAGUAGCUUUAAGUUAGGGACCCUACAAUAUAUAGAGUUGACACAGGAAAUGUAUCCAGUGAUUUUUUAAAAAAAUUUCAUUCAUUUUUCAAAAGUGCAAUUUGUAGAACCAGUUAGAUUUAUUAACUUGUAAUAGAGCCUUGAUUUUUUUUUUGGCCAGUUUUUUUUUCUUUUCCAAUUUGAAAAACUGCACAGUUCAUGUACCCGGCGACAUCUCCUCUUUUCCUCUUCUCUCUCUGUCUCUGUCUUGUUUUUUUUUUUAAACCUUAAACUGUUAGCGAGUACAAAAACCUGAUUGACAGUAUUUUAUGGAACUUUUUUUAAGAUCAACGUUUUUUUUAUAUUCAUUUUGAAAUCUUGAAUAGCUUGAGCAGGUAUCAUAAAAUUUGCUUGUAUAAAUCAAGCACUGUAUUUACUGUAUAAAUCUCGUGGUUUGUUGAUGUCAGCAGAUCCAACAAAUUGCGUUUGUACAUAAGAAAUUUGUAAAAUAAUGUAUUAAAAAUUGUCAUGACACUUGUAAUUGCAAUAAAAUAUGUACAGCUUGUG